CCUAACCCUAACCAUAGCAUUCUAUCUGCUAACUAUUAAUUAUUUAUUGAUAUAAUUUUCUAUUUAUGCCCUUCCCAACUAUUUCCCUAACCCUAACCUCUGGAAACCCUGUGCCUCAUCCUAACCCUCUCAAUUCAACCCUAAUUUGCUUUAUACUCUUUAAAAAUAAAAAAUGAAAUAAAACCCUAGCCCAACACUGUGCAUCACAACUGUAUAUACACCUUUUUUAAUCUUUUUGUAUGUAAAACCUGUAAAAUUUUAUAUUGUAUGCAAAGUAUGAAGGUCACUCAGGACCAAUUUCAUUGUAAAUAUCUGUAUAUAUCAUAAUUUUUGUAAAUAUUGUAAAUAACCUGCUUUCCCUUGUACAUUUUUGCAUUAUCUGUAUUAUUUUGUAUAUAUGUUUGCUGGAACAACUUGAAUUUUCGGUGUAAUGUAAAUGUUUGUCCAGCAGGGGGAGGCAGCGCAGUGCAGCCCAAUCAGCUGAGCGGCUGGGCCGCUCCCCUCCCAAAUGUAAACAACGCCGAAUGCGGCGCUGACGGCCAAUUAGAGCCUGCUUUUUUGUAAAUAGUUUUUAAGCUCGAAAUUCGAAAAUGUUCAUGUUGUAUAUAUAGUUUUGUUAACGGACUUUCUGGCAGAUGAGACAGUGAACUGCCUGAUGAAGGUUCUUUACAGACCGAAACGUCGCAGUUUGUUUGCUGUCUCUGUUAUUAAAAAAGUGCCUAACGGCAUUAAAAGAAGCCGAUUUUAGUCCGUUUUUCAUUUAAUUCUUGAUUUAAAAAUUUCUACUCUUAUUUUUACUCAACUUUUUUUACGAUUAAUUUUAUUUAAACAAUUUUUGCAAGCUUUUUAUUUUAACGAUUCGCCCAAUGGCGUGGGAUCCUUAUCCCAGAGAUGAGGAAGACUGGACUACGGUCCAUUAUCACCGGGGCAGACAGCGCACCUGGCAGCCGGCCGACCGACAGCGCUACAGACCCCCGCAGCAGCAGCAGCAGCAGCAGUACCGGGGACGCAGCUACGCCUCCGCCGUCCGAACCCGCCCCACGAGCCGCAGCCGAAGCUACCGUCCUCCACGGUACCGUCCCCAGCCCUACAGACAGCCCCGCCCCCGCUCCCGUAGCUGGCACCGAAGCUCAGCGCAGCAGCAGCAGCAGCGGCAGCGCUACGCACCCAGGGUGCAGAGCCGGGACGAGCACCGACGAUCGGACGACCCGCUCUUCACGGUAAAGGUCAGGGCUCUGCACAAGCUGCUAAAGGCGACACACCACCUCCAGAACGUGUCCAGGAAUGACCGUGAUCCGCCUGCAAUCCAGCGCAUCACGGCUAACCUGGCGUCUGUGAUCAAGCCGGCUCAUCCCAGUCCCAAGACGCUGGAGCUGAUCGACGGCAACGCUAGGGAAUGGUCGUGGAACACGAUCCUCAUCUUGCGCCAACACUAUGAGGAGGUGCGUGCAGCGGAGAAACAGCUCCUCCAGGACCUUGGCGGGGACCUGCUGGCUCCGCUGGAGGUGGCAGUGAAGUGGGCAAAACGCAAUCUGGGCAGCAGAUUCAACCCAGAAACAGCAGAUGAGGUCCAGAUCUACCUGCUCAAGAGGGAGAAAAGGGCAGCCUCACCUUGCCCUUCUUCUUCCUCCUCCUCAUCUUCUGCCUCCUCGACUUCUCCGCCAGCCCCUCGCCCCCCUCCUCCUCCAUCCUCCUGCUCAUCUGCUAGCUGUCCAGGACGUAGAGACCAGGCGGUGGACACAGAAGAGGACCUGGAUGGACCUCUCCCUCCUCCCUCUGCCACGCCCCCUCCCUCUCCGCCUCCCCGCCCUGUCAUGACAACCACUGCAACCAUGACAGAGCCCACGCAUGGCGGCUGGACCCCACCAGGCUCAACUGAGGAGGACAACGAGACGGCCACGCCCCUCCCGCCACCGACUGAGGACGCCACCCCGCUCCCUCAGCGACAGGACAGAGCUCACAGCAGGAACACCGCACCUGCACCACAGGGGACCCUUCCCCCUCCCCCUCUCUGUCCUUCUCCACCAAAAAGGGCAGCACCCCCUAAAAGAACGGAGAGGGAGCUCACCUCGGUCGCUGACCUGCUCAAGGAGGAGGUCAAAAAGUACCGGGGUGCAGCUUCAGCUCCGUUGCUCUUCCAGGCCUCCGACCUGGCACAGCAGGAACGCAGGGCCUCACUGAGGCCGAGGACGGUCCCCCUCCACCUCAGACUGCAGGUCAGCACCCAACGGAGGCUCACCUUUGACCCUAGAGUGGAAACAUCGGCUCCAGCGGCUUCUUCUUCCACCGGUGAGUCCCCUGCUCUUCGACCUGCACAGGUGACGGCUGCAGCCAGACAGGUGGGAACCCUGAACAAGAACCGCAACUGGUCUCUAGAUCUGACCAAAAAAUAUGUCAUCCUGGGUGACUCCAAUGUGGCUAGAUUUCCAGCCUCUGAUAACCCAGAUCUACAGGUGGUCAGCUUCCCUGGGGCCAGAUGGAGGCAUCUGACCCACCUGUUUGCGAGGGCACCGGUGAUGAACCAGGUGGAGCGCAUGAUUCUCUCUCUGGGCAUCAAUCAUAGAGCCCAGAGGGACAAGAGAGCAGCAGUGAGGGAAAUGAAGACAGCGCUGAGGACGGCUAGGAUCAAGUGUCCCAACGCGGAGAUUUUUGUCCCUGCCAUCAACUUCUCCCUGGCGCUGCCCGUCCAAGAACAGAUGACCCUCACUCACAUAAACAUCGAGAUCGCGCAGCUCAGCCGGUUCAUCCCAGCCCUGCCUAGACGGUCCUUUACAGUGAGUAGAGACAACAUUCACUGGACCAAGUCGACAGCAGCUCACAUCUUCAGCCACUGGGGUGUUUCCUUGUGACGCCUUGGAAAUUCCCCUGUGAAGCCCCAGUCCUGACUUUCUGGAUCUCUCCCCUCGUGACGCGGUGGAUUGUUACCCACUGGUUGCCCGAGUUCCUUCCUGGCCUCUGCAGAUCUUCAAUAAACCAUUCCUGGAUUCU